GCGACGACAACAGUGAGCCUGAAGGAGAUUAUGAUGAGACAGUCAUUUCUGAAACAGAUGUAGAAUCUGACGAUAGUGAAAAUAUGACUCUACACGAAAUUGCAGAGAAGAUGAAUCCAAGCGCCUGGAGAACUGGAAAUCUCGUGAAAGAUCCAAAGGAUCUAGAAUUUACAGGCAAUAUGAAUAUGCCUCCAGAAGUUACUGACUUAGAAACGCCAUUACAAUUCUUCAAGUUCUUCUUGACUAAGGGCCGGUUUAUCAAUGCAUGGUUAAAUAAAUCAACUAGUAGUUAAAAAUAAUCUGACGGUCAAAAUGUUUAUCCACCGGCAGUUAAAUAUUAACCAACAGUUAAACCCGUGUGAAACCUGACCGCAACUUGGAUGUUCCAGUUACGAGCGAUAACUAGCAGUUAGGAUCUGAAGCAUGCGCAGAUUGCAGACUUCUUCUUGUUUUGAUAUGUCAUUCUUGUCAUUUUAACCUCAAAAAGUCUGUGUCAAAACGUAAGCAAAAACAAGGUUUUUGUAAAGAAUUAUUGUUUGAAAAUCAAGUGAAAACUUUGAAAUAUGUUGGGUGAUAUUGAUGCUAUGUUCGAUGAUGAUGAUGAUGCGGAAAUAGUAGAGUUUUUAGAAUAUGAAAGGAGGCCCUAUAUUGUACGAGAAAGAGAAGACUUCUUCCAUUCAUUGGACGACAUAGAUUUUUUUGUGAGGUUCCGCUUGAAAAAAAUUACGGUUUUAUAUAUUUUAUCUCUCAUCGAGGAAGAACUCGAAUCUGUUACCGACAGAAAUCAUUCUAUUUCACCCAUCAAUCAGUUAUUACUGACUCUACGCUUCUAUGCUACGGGAAACUUCCUACUAACUGUUGGUGAUUUCAUCAAAGUUAGUAAGAGCUCUGCCUCAAAAAUAGUGAAGAAGGUGUCUGAGGCAAUAGCUACCUUCUCAGGUAGAUUUAUAAAAAUGCCAAGUAAUGAUGAGGAAAUAAGGAAAGCCAAAAGUAGCUUUUAUGAGAAAGCACAUGUGCCUAGAGUGAUUGGAUCCCUUGACUGCACACACAUAAAAAUUCAGUCACCUGGAGGAAAUAAUGCAGAACUAUUUCGCAAUCGAAAAGGCUAUUUCUCCAUCAAUGUACAAACCAUUUCAGCCCCCAAUCUAAAAAUAUUAGACAUUACUGCACGCUGGCCUGGAAGUCAACAUGACCAGAUAAUUUUUGAUAAUUCAUCAAUAAAAAGUAGAUUGGAAAGAAAUGAAUUUGGCAAUAGCCUUUUAGUAGCAGACAGUGGUUAUGCAAAUUCAAUGCAUGUAAUAACACCACUUUUGGAAGCAAGAACACAAGUCCAACAACUUUAUAAUGAAGCUGUUACAAGAACCAGAAAUCCUGUGGAAAGGCAAUACGGUUUGUGGAAACGACGAUUUCCAGUUCUCUCAACAGGGUUGAGACUAAAAUUACAGACAACCCUUACAGUGAUCGUUGCCACAGCUGUGCUGCAUAAUAUAGCAAUUGACCAAAAUGAAGAGCAGCCCCCUGAUAUUCCAAACUUGGAUGAAAACAUAAUCAAUUAUGAAGAAGAUAUCAGUGUUGAUCCUCCUGAAAAUAACUUCAUGAAUGCCAGGGAACUGUUAUUAAGUGAAUAUUUUCCAGGGCUUUUAAAUUAAUUCUUUACUUGUAC